AUUAACUCAGGUAGAAAUGUAAGAUGUAGCGUAUGGGGUCCUCGUAGUGUGAUGCUGCAGGAUGCUGAUGAAGAAGAGGAUGCUAGUAUCAUGGAGAGCGAGGAUGAGGGUAGUUACGAGCAUGUCCAGAAUCCAGUAGAAGAAGAAAAGAAACAAGAGAGGAGAGGGCCUGCAAUAAAGGGGAUACUAAAGAGAAAUGUAGCUACCGAGGGGGAGACCGGGAGGAAUGUUACCUUCAGAACAGUGUUAGCAGAUUACGUGGAGCCUGUACCUGUUAAUGUUAUUGAUGAUGAGGAGUAUGCUAACGUCCUGGACUCCUACAAACAACUUUGCGCCAAACUCAGGGUCAGACCUUGUCAGAAGCUAGUGGAUCAGUUGGAGGGACUGCGGGAUAGUACCCUAAAACUUGAUACUAUCGAUCUCAAAGGAACCAGACUUGACCCCGCACACUGUGAAGCGCUGGAGGCGGUGCUAAGAGUGCUACGAGCUCAGACCCUCAACAUUGAACAGACACAGCUUGAUGAUGACGGUGCUAUCUCAGUGUUUGAGAUGAUAGAGUACUACGAGCCUGUUACGAGACUCAUAGUAGCCAAUAAUGUUAGAUUAGGAGUACGUGCCUGGCUCGCCCUCGCAAGACUCCUCAAACGGGAUACGGGUGUUUUAUUCCUGUCAUCUGCGCUUGAGGAGCAGGCGUCAGGGUUACAGUUGAUAACGGUGUGGAGUAACCAGAUAACAGCAAAUAGCAUGUCCGCUCUCGGUAGAGCUCUGGCGUUCCACACCACACUGGAAGGAGUAAACUUGGGAUCUAACGCUCUGGGUAACAAAGGAGUGGAAUGUCUAAAAGAGGGCCUCCUCUCCAGUAGGUCCAUCGCGCGGCUCGUCAUGGCAAGUUGUAAUAUCACCAACGAGGGUGCUGUGGUAAUGGCAGAGAUUGUUGGGGAUCAUACCACUCUUAUACACUUGGAUCUAAGGGAGAAUAACAUCAGUUUGGCUGGAGUAAUGGCGCUAAAGUGCGCAUACGCAAUAAACCACAAGCUCCUCCGAUUACACCUUGACGUCAUGAAACGCUCCAAUAAUGACGAUCUUAUGCAGGAACUCCUCGCAGAAAUCGAAGCGUUUUCUGUCCGCAAUCUAGAAGCCCACAAAAACGCAGAUCAAUGUCCACUUUCACCGGAGGGUGAUGAUAUCGAGGGUGAAUCUGCGAUAAGUCGCUCAGAACAGGAGCAGGCAGACUAUGAACUUGCAAUGAAGCUCCAAAAAGAGGAGCGAGAGAAAUGUAAUAAUAAUAACCACAGCUCUAACAGUGUUACCAAACCUGAGGAGCGUCGUGCCCUGCCUAUCAUAUCACCUCCUAUGGCGCCUCCGCCUGACCCUACUAAAACAUUUGGCUUCUUCUCAGGACAUUACAUUAAAUUAAAACAGCGAUGGGAUGAGAGCAUUGGAGUUUACAUUAACAAAGGUGAUAUAUCUCUGGCAGCAUCGCCGGGUAACACUGAAUCGUAUAGCACCCAGCACAGCAACGAGGAAGAGGACGACCAGUUUGUGGACGCGGUCGAGGAACAAUCCGCUAGAUCCUCCAUUUCUUCUCUUGACAGUCCCACCUCUCCUACUUCCCCUGAAUUUGAUAGUCCUCCUGAUACAGUUGAUUUGUUAUACGAUGAUAGCCCGCUCUCCGGCACCAGCCCUCCUCCACUAGGAAGUCCACUUCCUGGUGGCAUAUCCUUCUUUGAUAGCCCACUCUCGGAUAUUACCUCCACAGAAAGCUCACAAUCUGAUCCUUUAAUACCCGAAAACAGUCUGAACAGUAAAGAUUAUCUUAAUCAUCACGUAGCUUUGAAGCGUAAUACUGUUAGCCACUCUCGUUACGGGUACAGCGAUAGUUUAUCCAAUACUUCUUCUGAGUGUACAAAUAACACUUCUGAGUGUUCAAAUAACGCUUCUGAGUGUACGAAUAACACUUCUGAGUGUACGAAUAACACUUCUGAGUGUACGAAUAACACUUCGUCCGAGUACACAAACAGUUCGUCUGAGUACACAAACAGUUCGUCUGAGUACACUAACAGUUCUCCCGCUAACACCUCUACAGCUGACGUGACACCCGACUACACCCCGUCACCAACAGAGUGCAGUAGCGAUGUAACCAGUGCGGACGACCGCGCCAUUUCCUCUACAGAUUGCAGUAGCGACACCGCCAGCGAGGUUAACGAUAUCCCACCAGUUUAUUACACCGGUCAUUGAUUAAACGGGUAUAAAAUCGGGUUAGAAAUAUUGUGAUGUGUCGAAGUGAUUUUUCAUUAAAUGGGAUGUGACGUCAUGUGAGGUCAUCACGUGAUGUCACGUGGUGUGACGGGAUGGCUGGCAGGGUUCCAGGAAUCAUAAUGUAAUGUUUUGUGGUGAAAUAAUAAACUGUGUGUACGUGUGUGGUUAAAGUUUGAAUCACUGAUUUUUGUGGUACAGUUUUAAGGAAUGCUCGAAUACUCAGGAAUGCACGACAUGUAAUUCGUAACGUGAAGAUUUUCUAUUUGUUUCUAACGACAUUAAAGCUAAAUAUUAGGCCGUUUCAGGAGAGAGUACAUGUUUCAAAAGGGGCUCUUAAAUUAUUUAAAAUUUCUAAAAAUUGCCAAAUUUGUUCAUAAUAUUAUAUAUAUGAUAUAUACAUACAACGAAGUAAGAGCUAGAUUUCAUAAAUCACAAAAUUUGAAAGGUAUCUGUAUUAAAAGAUUAAAGAACGACAACGCAGGACGUUGUUUUCAGUUAUAUAAUGAUAUGCGAAUAUAUGAUGAUAUGCGAAUGUUUAAUUUUGAUUUUUAUGAUUGCAUAUUUUGCAUAUUUCACUAAUAGUGGCUACGUGACAAUAAUAAAGACCUGUAUAAUGAUGUUUAUGUUUAUGUAUUACUAAUGACGGUAUCGUUCCGUUAUUCAUGAUUGAGGUUCAGGAA